CACGACUACCUUGGGUAGGCAAUGAUGGCUUGCUCGGUCGGUCCGCAACACAGUAACCUAGAGCGUUCAACUAGGGUGCGUUUCUGGCAGUUUGUUGAACUCGAUACGUGGUGAGCAGUUGCAAGUAGAAGCGAUGGAUGAUCGACCGUAUCCACCCUACUCCGAUCGUGGGGUUGGCUUCGGCUUACUGGGUCGACCGUUCAGACGUUUAACCCAAUGAGAUGCACUUAGCUCCACAUCCCGCUGCGGGGUCUCGCUUAGAUCCACUUACUGCAGCACAUCGAUGCCCCACCCAAGCUUCCCGCCUGACACCUCAAACUGCCUCGACUACCCCCAAAACAGAAUAAAGGCAAGACAUGGGUUCCAAGUUCCAUGUCCACAGAUCGAGCUUCUCUUCAGUACCUGUCGGUUUUGCAUAUUCAGCAGCAACUUAACUUUGACCUCACCACUACGACUUCUACCAUGGACGCUCACAUCUCGGAUCAAGGCUCCUGGAAGGGCAAGGCCACGGACAAUGGCCCCUCCAACGGCGGCUUCCGGUCCCAGCAGGCCAUGAAAGUCGAGCCACCACGCCUAGAAGACCUCCAGAAGUCCUAUGCAAGCGUUCUUGAGGAUCCUCGCAGCCCCGGCUGGUACGCCACGAUGAUUAGCAGUCUGGGCGAGUUCAUCGGCACCCUGGGCGCCAUCCCCUUCUGCGUUUGCUUCCCAAACCCCUUCAAAGAGGUCGACCAGGGCCACGUCGGGCUGAUCACCAAGUUCGGCCGCUUUUACAAGGCUGUCGACCCGGGUCUGACUAAGGUCAACCCCUUGAGUGAGAGACUCACCUCUGUCGAUAUCAGGAUUCAAAUCGUUGAAGUUCCGAAGCAGACCUGCAUCACCCGGGACAACGUGACCGUAAUCUUGACAAGCGUCAUCUACUACCACAUCGUCUCGCCUCACAAGGCCGCCUUUGGCAUAUCAAACAUCCGCCAAGCUCUCAUCGAGCGCACCCAGACCACGCUCCGCCACGUCGUGGGUGCGCGUGUGCUCCAGGAUGUCAUUGAGCGCCGCGAGGAGGUCGCCCAGAGCAUCGGCGAGAUUAUCGAGGACGUUGCAACCGGCUGGGGCGUGCAGGUGGAGAGCAUGCUCAUCAAAGACAUCAUCUUCAGCCAGGAGCUGCAGGAGUCGCUCUCCAUGGCCGCCCAAAGCAAGCGGAUCGGGGAGAGCAAGAUCAUUGCCGCCAAGGCUGAGGUCGAAGCAGCCAAACUCAUGCGCCAGGCGGCCGACAUCCUGUCUUCGGCGCCCGCCAUGCAGAUUCGCUAUCUCGAGGCCAUGCAGGCUAUGGCCAAGAGCGCCAACAGCAAGGUCAUCUUCCUUCCCGCCGCCAACCAGACGAUGCCCGGGUCUGCGGCUUUCAAUGCCACAGUUACCAACGGAGCUAACAGCAACCCGUUUGACGAGGGCGGCUCGGCGUCUGCUGGACACCAUGACUCGGGACACGACUCGGGUUUUCAGCAGGCCCUGAACGCUAGGGUUAUUGAGAACAUCUAAGCUUUCUGUUCCCUCGCUUGUGGGCACGGAUGGCAGGACGGUCUCUGAACCCAACCAGGUCGGCUACAGGUGCAACGCAGUUGACAUGAGUUUCCACGGGUUAUGAUCUCGCCUCAGAGCUAUUUAUGUUUAAUCGCUUCUUUUUACGUUCAACGAGCGGCUUUCUAGCUGAAGUGGGACGACGGACGGUUUUCAUUUCGUCCCUUAAUGUCACACGACGACGACGAUGUCGCCCAAACGGUAAUGAGGUUUUGCUCUUGGCAGUCCAACACUGUAGGGAUAUAGGAAUUGCGGAUGAACUCGGCGGAUGGACCCCGUUUAGGCGUUGGUGGGAUUGUAUAUGACAGGAUUCUGGAAGGGCAUUUGUCGACUUUGCUUUCCAUUUAGUAGUGUUUGUACGAUCUGACGCUAGUCUCAAUGAUAUCACUG